UUUGCCGUCUGCAGAAAUGUACCCCACAGAGGAUUAACAUCCCCCCUCCCCCUCCAUCCAGCACCCGACCCCAUCCAUCCCACCCAGACGACGGCUCCUGUGGCCCUCCGCCCUGCCCUACCCUGCCCCUCACUGGUGUCCCCCCCUCCACCCUUUCUCCCUCUGCCACCCCAGCAUCCCAUUGCCACCAUGAACACCAACGUGUGCGUGGAGAGCGGCCCCAACCCCGAGGCCCCGGGGCUGCCCAAGGAUAACCACCUGCCCGAGGGGGCCCUGAACAGCCUUGUGGAUUACAACUCGGAGAUGGAGCGCUACCGCUCCUUCGCCACCUUCUACAAGACCAACGGGGGCGCCUUCCCGCAGGCGGCCAAGAUCGCUCGCAUCACCACCCCAAUCUUCCCCAGCGCCGCCGCCGCCGCCGCCGCCCGCAUCGGCAUGUCCCCCUGGAACUGCGAUAGCGCCACGGCCGCCGCCGCCACCGCCAUGCUGUGGGGCAGCGGCGGCGGCGGCGGCAACACGGUCCCCGGCGGCGCGGCUGGUGCAAGGAAAUCCUCCGCCUCCUCCUCCGCCGCCGCCGCCUCCGCCUCGCUGCACGCCGGCAGGAGCAGCAUGCACCAUCGGAACGAGUCCCAGCGGCUGGGCAAGCCUGGCUGCGCGCCAGCCGAGCAGCCCGCGUUGCAAAUGGCAAAUAAUAAUUUCCUCUCCACCUUAUCCCCCGACCACUGCAGACCUUUGGCUGGGGAAUGCAUGAACAAGCUCAAAUGCGGCGCUGCUGAAGCAGAGAUAAUGAAUCUCCCCGAGCGCGUGGGGACUUUUUCCGCUAUCCCGGCUUUAGGGGGCAUCUCAUUACCUCCAGGGGUCAUCGUCAUGACAGCCCUUCACUCCCCCGCAGCAGCCUCAGCAGCCGUCACAGACAGUGCGUUUCAAAUUGCCAAUCUGGCAGACUGCCCGCAGAACCAUUCCUCCUCCUCCUCGUCCUCCUCCUCCCUGGGAGCCGCCGGAGGAGGGGGGGCGGGAGGAGGAGGAGGUGGGGGAGGAGGGGCAGGCAACCCUGCCAAGAAGAAGAGGAAAAGGUGUGGGGUCUGCGUGCCCUGCAAGAGGCUCAUCAACUGUGGCGUCUGCAGCAGCUGCAGGAACCGCAAAACGGGACACCAGAUCUGCAAAUUUAGGAAAUGUGAAGAGCUAAAGAAAAAACCUGGCACUUCACUAGAGGCAUAUGAUAUAACUCUCAAGAGAACACCUGUUCCCAGCGCUGAAGCAUUCCGAUGGUUCUUUUAAGCAGUAGUAUAUCUUAUUUUCAAGGCAGUCCGAAGUGAAUGGCAAGCUAAAGUCUUGUUUUAAGAAACUGCUUAGUCCACCAUUGAAGAAUAUACUCAGAUACUAUUUUCAUUUAUGUAUAGGGGUUUCCUCAAAAACAAAGCUGAAACAAUCUGGAAGCCUGGGGAAUUGGCCAGUUUAUUCACAUUCAGUACACUGAAUCUUUAUUUGAUGUAACUUAGCUAUACUAGUGAAGUUGUUGUCUAUUUUUAAAGUGGCUGUAAAAAAAAAAAGUUUGGGUAAACCCCUGCUGUAAAAUCAUGUAUCUUUGAAAAGUAACAUAUCUAUACUUCAUUUUCAGAUAUAUGUGUUUCGGUACUGUAAACUGUACAGAUAGCAGCUUGUAUUUUGUGUGUUUAGACACAAGGAGACAAUCAUGUCUGAGCAUCUAUGGAGAUUAAAAGUUUGUACACAACAGUGUGGUUCUGCAAGUUAAAUCUGGAGCAAUAAAUUCUAGCUUUAAAUAAUAUUUUGCUGGCUGUUUAGAAGCAGCAGCAGCAGUAGCAGCAGCACUGUUUUACCAUGCAUCCUUCCAUAGAGACUUGAUGCCAAGUGUUACAAGAUUAAAAGAUUAUGUUGCAUCUAGCAAUUACCUUCAGUUGUAUUGUUGUAAGAGGGGAGACAUAAAAUCUAAAAUUAAUCUUUUUGAGCACUAUUUUAGAGUAGUGGUUGUGCACUUGCAUUGCUUCCAAAAGAGCUUUACAGAAGGGUAUCCGUCCAAAGUAACACACCGGAGCUGACUUGCUUUUGACUGUGCUGUAAAGUGAAAUGCACAGUAUAGAUGGACAUGCGGAAUCAGUCAUUUUAUAUAUAGCAUGUUCCAGCAUACAGAAUGAAAAGAGUACCAUAUCUGAGAAAAAUCUAUGACUCAAUGUAUUUACCUUUCCACUAAGAGUUGCUAUGUAAGUUUUUUCAAUAGAUGGAAUAAAAAUUUUAUAAAAUAUGUGAAAAUAUUUUCGCUCCAUGUGCAACAUUUAAGGAUUAGGCUAGUUUAUAAAUUUAGACAGGCUUGGAUCUCUCCUGCAGUUGUGAAGGCCAUGAGAGCCUGGGUUUUUUUUAAGUAUAUAAGAAAACCCCACAUUUUUUUCAACUAGUGACUAUUUGUCCCCACACAUCUUUCUUUGUCACCUGAUCUUGGGCUUGCUGAAUCACUGGUCCCCCAGGCCUAUGUAUACAGAACAUUUACUCCUCAUAAAGGCAGAACAUGGAGUUACAUAAUUCAGAUGUAAUAUAAGGAUAUGGAGGAUACUGAGUUUACGUACACUUCAUACAGAAUACACUUCAUACAGAAUACCUCAUCACCUAUUUAUAGCUUGGCUUUGUUUUCACGCACGUGAAAAGGCCACCCCUUGAAAGUAAGAGAAUGCUGUUACACCACAUAUUGUAUGUUUAGUAUUUUAUACAAGAUAGGAUGAUAAAUGCUAGUAAUGUCACAGUAAAGCAUGGAAAUAACAGGCUAAUGAUGCAGAGAGUGUGCCAAUAACAUAGUAUUUCAGCACUUUCUCCAUUAUCUGCUCAUUUUCACAGUGCUUGACAAAUACUGGGGGGUUAGGUGAGCAGCAGAGUGUGUCAUCUGCAGUUUGUGGAGAGUCAGAGUUCUGGGAAAGUCUGAGGACUGACAAACCCUGGCAGUGGUCAAGCAACCUAAGGACAAUGGUUGUGAGGAGAAGCAUCCUAGAACUGGCUGUGUAGCAGCAAGGGUCAGUAGUGUGUAGAAGGGCUGAGACACAGUGGAGGAGCAUCAGAGGACUGGAGGAGAUUGCAUCUGCAUUCUAAACGUUAGGGCUGACACACGUGUCCUGGGUUCCAUGUAGCAUGACAUCUUACAUGUAAUUUCAGAAAAUAAAUGCCAUCUUUAAUGUGCUCGCAACAUGUGCCCCCUCUUAUAUUUUAUAAAAGAUCAUUAAUUAAACAAUCAUAAAAUAAGCUUUACAUUCAUUUACUUGACAGCUUUGUACCUGAUGUUAUUUCAUUUAAGACUUUCUGGUUAAGGACACUGUUAUUUACUGCUGGACCAAUGAGAGCCACGUAAGGUCUUCUUUAUCAAAUUGUUAAUUGAUUUAAAAACUGACUGAAGCCUUAUUUGCACAUCUGGCUGGUGAGCUUGCCUUGCUUUUUGGAAAAUUGUGAUUGCUCUGACAGAAGUAGAGACAAAAUUCAGUUCAGGCUACAUUAGGUGUACAAAGAUAUUCAUAGCAAUGUACUUACUGUCUAAUACCCUAAUGUUGCAUGUCUUGAUGUGGUUUCUUUUUUUGUUUUGUUGUUUUGUUUUCAAGAACUGAUGGAUCUGUAUAUUGUAACUGUAGUGUUUUACGUCAAUUCAAAAUUGUUAAGAAAAGCAAAAAAACCUGUUAAUUAUUAAAA